GCAGCUAGCUCAAGGCAAGACAGGCAGCAGCAAUCUGCACAUAUAUCUUGCUGCGGAAUAGGAAUUGGAGUAUAGCAUCCACCGAUCGAUAAUGGCUCGACCAUCAGCUGCAACAUGCAGAGGUACCAUCAUCGCUCUCCUCGUGCUCGCCGGCACCUCGUCGGCGCAGCUCUCCACGGAUUUCUACUCCUACUCGUGCCCCGGCGUGUUCGACGCCGUCAAACCGGUGGUGCAGUCGGCAAUCGCCAUGGAGCAGCGCAUGGGCGCAUCCAUCGUCCGCCUCUUCUUCCACGACUGUUUCGUCCAAGGGUGCGACGCGUCGUUGCUGCUGGAUGACACACCGAGCUUCCAGGGCGAGAAGAUGGCGACGCCCAACAACGGGUCCGUCAGAGGCUUCGAGGUCAUCGACGCCAUCAAGUCCGCCGUCGAGAGGGUGUGCCCCAGCGUCGUCUCCUGCGCCGACAUCCUCGCCAUCGCAGCCAGGGACAGCGUCGUCAUCCUGGGCGGGCCGAGCUGGGACGUGAAAGUCGGGAGGAGGGACUCGAGGACGGCGAGCUUCAACGGCGCCAACAACAAUAUCCCCCCGCCGACGUCCGGACUCGCCAACCUCACCUCCCUCUUCGCCGCGCAAGGCCUCUCCCAAACGGACAUGGUUGCCCUCUCUGGUUCUCACACGAUAGGUCAAGCACGCUGCACAAACUUCAGAGCACAUGUAUACAAUGACACCAACAUCGAUGGCGCCUUUGCAAGCACAAGGCAAUCAGGUUGCCCUAGCACCUCAGGUUCAGGCGACAACAACUUGGCGCCUCUGGAUCUUCAAACCCCAACCGUCUUUGAGAACGACUACUACAAGAACCUUGUCAGCAAGAAGGGGCUUCUACACUCUGAUCAGGAGCUCUUCAAUGGCGGAGCCACCGACGCACAAGUCCAAUCAUAUGUUAGUAGCCAAAGCACAUUCUUCGCAGAUUUUGUGGCAGGCAUGAUCAAGAUGGGUGACAUUAUGCCACUGACGGGCUCCAAUGGGGAGAUCAGGAACAACUGCAGAAGGAUUAAUUAAGAGGCAAUGCGUACUAUCUACUGAGACCUUAUCAGUCACGUUUAACAUGUUUGUAACUUCUACAUUUUUUGUUUCCACAAUUGUGAAAUCAUUGUGUCGUGUCGAUGAGUUCACAUGUCGGUUUGUUUAAAUAAUGAAUAUGUAACGAUUGUUCUCUUCACA